AUGGGUACACUCAUCACGCUUCACAUCGGUUGGAACCAAAUCGGUGCUGGAGGAGCACAACACAUUGCUAAUGCGCUGCGAACGAAUACGACACUCACCACACUCGACCUCGAAGGGAACGAAAUCGGUGCUGAAGAAGCACAACACCUUGCGGACGCCUUGCGAGCGAAUACGACACUCACGACACUUGACCUCCGUGACAGCCGAAUCGGUACUGAAGGAGCACAACACAUUGCUAAUGCGUUGCGAACGAAUACGACACUCACCACACUUCACCUCAGUUCGAAGCAAAUCGAUGACGAAGUAGCUCAACAUAUCGCAGAUGCGUUGGGAAGGAAUAUAAGCGCCAAGAUGGUAUAG